UAUUUAAGAGACAGCUUUUCCAAACCACCAUAAGUUGUCUAACCUGGACACUCAUCACAUCUCUCUGGCUCGAAAUAGGAAGCUACUAUCAUAUUUUAAAGCUAUGUACAGUAGCCUCAGCAUUUGCGUGCUCCUCGCUGUCCUGUCAGCAAGCUCCUUGGGACAACAGCCAAAAGAGUCCAGCCAUGCCAACCCAGGGACUUCUGAGCUGGAGCAGAGCCUGGCUGCUCAGCACCGGCAUGUCCGUGCUCUUGCCUCCCCCAGUCAACUGAAGCCUCUACAGAGAGCUGAUGGAAAUGGGGACUCCAGGAGCAACUUCGGGGCUUUGCUGGCUAAGUACAUCCAGCAAGCCAGGAAAGGUUCUUCUGCUCGAAUGCCAGUCAUCAAAAACCUCCAGAGCAUUGACCCCAACCACAGGAUAAAUGACAGGGAUUACAUGGGCUGGAUGGAUUUUGGGCGUCGCAGUGCUGAGGAGUACGAGUAUUCCUCCUGAAGAAAGUCAGAGCCCAUCUGGAAACUAACCUCACCAUUCUCCACAGAAAAAUAAUGUUAACAAGACAAAUCAUUUGUCAUCUCAACCAAUUGAUGUUUUAAAUAUGCAUCACAUAUAUUUAAGUAUUCAAUGUAAAAAAUCUACCUGGAAAACUGUAUGAUGUAAUAUACAUAUAUACAGAAUUUUCCAAAAGAAAGGAAAAAACUCGUUUUCUUUCCCUAUGAUUUCUGGUCCUACACAGUUGAUAUGAUAUUAAAAUCUCAUUCACUCCUCUUA